AUGGCAACGACCACCCCGGCCCCAUUUCCAUUCCCCGCAACCUACAACUUCCCACCUUUCUUUACCCCGCAACCCAACACCAACACCCGCCACUCUCAGCUCCAAAAAUGGUCCUCCUUAAUCCAAGCCUGGUGCCGCCAUCACCGCCAAUACCGACUCUCCCUAAUCGAAGCCAUCGACACCCCGCUCUUCCACAAUUCGCAGCUGCGGAAACGGCUAGAUCUGCGCGAGGCCCGCGCCGUAAUCGACUGGAUGGCCAAGAGCGAGAGUCAAGGCGGCGAUGGGCGCGCGGAGUGGAUCGAGGCACCAGGGAACCAGGCACCUAAGACCGUGGCGUGGAUCUGGUGGAGGAGGCCGGAGGAGUGGGCGGAUGUCAUUGCGGAUUGGGUUGAGGGGACUGGGCAACGGGGGGUUGUUUUGACGGUUUAUGAAUUGAUACAAGGGGAUGCGAGUGCUUCGCAAGAAUUCCAUGGGAUGGACAACGACGCCAUGCUCAAGGCGUUGAAUGUCCUUGUCAAGCGCGGCAAGGCGCAGGUCUUCGGUGGUGAAGGCCAGGAAGGUGUCAAGUUCUUCUAG